GGAGAUCGUUUCAUUUCAAUGUUAUACACGUUUGCCUACACAUGGCGCAAUUGCACACCGAAGCAAAGUUAUUUGUUGUUUUGUGCAUUAUUGUAAGCAGAGUGCUUUCCAUCGAAGAGUCCGGAACUCCGUCGAACCGAAUAGUUGGAGGCCAUGUAGCAGUUAUCGAAUCAUACCCAUAUCAAGUUUCGGUACAGGAGUUGAAUACUCAUGUGUGCGGUGGAUCAAUAAUUACCAGUCGAUGGAUAUUAACGGCAGGACACUGUGUGGAUGAUACUAUUCCUCGCUAUAUGAAUGUGCGCGUUGGAUCUGAAUUUUACAAUGCGAAUGGUAGCAUGUACGGUGUCAUGUUGGCCAUCACGCAUCCUGACCAUGUGCCGUACAGCUGGAUAAUGGACUUUGCUUUGCUCCAGUUGAACGAUUCGUUAGUGUUUUCCGCUUUCGUCCAACCGGUCGCACUGGCGUCCCAUCCGGAUGAUCUGCUGUACGAUCGCGAUUGUGUAGUGACUGGCUGGGGGCGCACUUUAAACGAGGAAGAAAGCUUCGAGCAGCUCCGUGCCGUGGAGAUUCCGCUGGUUUCACGAGAACUGUGCAAUGUCACUUACGAAGGGAAGAUUGAUACGGCGAUGGUAUGCGCGGGUGAUUAUAUUAAUGGCGGUAAAGGUAGCUGCGCGUACGAUUCUGGUGGCCCAUUGGUUUGUGCCGGUGUGCAGGUCGGAAUCGUUUCCUGGGGUAAAGGCUGUGCCUUGGUCGGGUAUCCGGAGGUGUACAGUAACGUUUUGUAUGCGAGAAAAUGGGUUGAGGAUGUCAUAAAAGGAUUAAUUAAAUAAAACUCUAUACACAUCAUUGAUGUAACUACAACAAA